UUGCUUUCCAGCUGGCAUAGGAGCUGUGGGCAGAGCCCUGAGUUCGCAUGUGAUUGGCUAAUGUUAGUGAUGCUGGCUUCUGAUUGGCUGGCUGUCCUGCAGUCGUUAGCGUGGACGGAAGGAGCGCUGGGUGAAUGAGUUGUAGUUGGCGGCGGUGCAGGAAAGGCGAGGAAGUAUGGAAGUCGAUGUUUCCAGGUUUAAUAUUGACGCCCCAAGAUGGGAUCAGAGUACAUUCAUCGGUCGCUUGAAGCACUUCUUCAAUAUUACAGACCCCAGGACAGCGGUUGUGUCUGAGCAGGAGCUGGACAGAGCGAAGCUGCUUGUUGAGGCUUGCAGAGCAGGUGGCGCUCCACCGGGUACCAGCAUAGAACAACUGCACUACGCCAAGAAGCUGUACGACUCCGCCUUCCACCCUGACACCGGAGAUAAGAUGAACAUGAUUGGCAGAAUGUCGUUCCAGGUCCCUGGAGGAAUGGCGAUCACUGGCUGCAUGCUACAGUUUUACAGGACUGUUCCCGCUGUGGUGUUUUGGCAAUGGGUUAAUCAGUCGUUUAACGCACUUGUAAAUUAUACCAAUCGGAAUGCAGCAUCUCCCAUCACACCUGGGCAAAUCGGAGUGGCCUAUUUGACAGCUACCAGCACUGCGCUGGCUACAGCAGUGGGGCUUAACCUGUAUACCAAGAAAGCUCCGCCGCUGAUUGCUCGUUGGGUUCCUUUUGCUGCUGUUGCUGCUGCCAACUGUGUCAACAUUCCUAUGAUGAGACAGCAGGAACUAAUUAAUGGAAUUGCUGUUACUGAUGAAAAUGACAAUAAGCUGGGACACUCAAAAAAAGCUGCAAUCAAAGGCAUUAGUCAAGUGGUAAUGUCCCGAAUUGCAAUGGCUGCCCCUGGGAUGAUCCUCUUGCCAAUUUUGAUGCAGAAGCUGGAGUCUUUCCCCUUUAUGAGAAAAAUCCAUUUCCUUCAUGCUCCCUUGCAAGUUACAUUAGCUGGUGGAUUCUUGCUGUUCAUGGUUCCUGUGGCUUGUUCAUUGUUUCCACAACGAUGUUCUAUGGCUGUGAGUAGUCUGGAACCAGAGCUUCGAGAUUCUAUCCAUAAGGAAUAUGGAGACAGAAUUCAGUAUGUUUACUUUAACAAAGGAUUAUAACCACUGGACAUAUAGAGCAAAAUGUAUCCAAACCCAGGAAUCAGCUUUAUCCAGAGCCAAGACCCACUUUGUGUUCUGCCUGCCAAGAAAGUUUUAAUCCCCCUUGGAGCUGCAUAUAGCUUUGUUUUUUUCCUGAAAAAUAAUAUGCCUUCACAUGGAAUAGAUGUUUUAUAAAUUCAUUAUUCUUUUUGAAAUUUCUGAACUUUCUUUAUAAAGAAUGACUUUUGGCAUGCUUUCUUAAAGCACAUUUAAAGUCUAACUUUGACCUCUUUUAUACCCUCUUGCUAUCCUAUCAUCUAAGCCUGUACAAAAUUCUGUGUUAUACUUGCCACCUAGUCCGGGCACCUCCUAGGUGACCAGGUCUGAAAAAAAGUACCAUAAGAAACCCCAUUGCUGUAAAUGGGUGACAUACAGGCAGAGCCAGACACCCAGUGGCCCCAUCUGCAAAAAGAACCAACCCUUUGCCAGCAGUGUUCUUCCAAUUGGAAUGUUUUUGAGUCCGGCUAGCUGCUUACAGGUUAGUUUUUUUAGAGUUUUUGUAGCUGCUUAAAUUAUAAAGCAUUUUCUUAAAUGGGAGGGGGGUGAGGAGAGGUGUAAAAUUAGGUAUUCGCUAGCCAUACACUGAUGAAUAAAAAAAUUCAAAUUAAAAAAAUACAUGUCCUCCAUCUGGGCAGAUGGUCGAAUCGCUCAUGCCAGGUAAUUGUAUUUUUACAGCCGACAGCGGUAGAUGCCUGAAUACCUGAACAGCGCCUCCAUCUGUUUGGAUGCAGCUGCUGUUCAUCCAUAAUUUUCCAGCUGGCCCCUUUGCUGUUGGGCAGAAGGGGGGCCAACAGCACCACCCAUGGAUUGAAUUUUGUCUGCCUUAUAAGGAACCAAUUGAAACUGGCACAGUGUAUGGCCAGCUUUAGGUUAGAUCUAAGGUGUGCUUCAAUAGUCCAUUCUUUAUUACACAACAGAACCAAAGAUAUUCAUCAGUAUUUGUAAAAGGAAAUUUGUUAAAGAAAUGAAAUGUCCUCCUGGCUGCUAUAUUUUAAUUAAAACCUGUUCUAUUGCA